AUGGGUGAUAAUAUUCAGACGCCUCACCCUCGAUCCAUCUCCGUCUUGGUUAUCGGGGCAAACGGCUACCUCGGACUAGCUGUCUGCCGGGCAUUCCUCCGUGCCGCAGCGCCAACCGACCCGGAACAUGAUGACGCAGAGACCAACCCAUGCCCGUAUCGCGUUUACGGAUUGGUCCGUCGACCCUCUGCCGCCCGCGAUCUUUCAGUCAACGAAGUCACACCCAUCGUUGGUGAGCUAUCUGAUACAGAGAAUACUCUUCGAGAGAUUCUCUCCCAUAGCCCGAGGUGGGAUGUCAUCGUGACUUGCACGGAGCCCGCCAAGACGGAUUCCGUCGCGGAAGCUGAACACUGGAAUGCGAUCUUCAAGUUGAUCGGCGGCCUUACCGAAGCUUCAAGAUGCAAGGACUAUGGCACUACCAGUGUUCACGGUACCCUGGGGCUGAAGCCCCAUACUGAGACUUCAUCUCUCGACGCGCCUCCUCCCAUCCGCGGUCGGACGGAUGCCGCGUUGAAAGCUCUGGAGAUGGCGCAAAACAGCCAUAACGGUAUCGAGUCGGAAGGAUUCGACGUUGCCGUCAUUCGCGCGACACCCAUAUUUGGAUACAGUGGAAGCUACUUUGGAGCAGGCUUCGAGUAUGCAUCCCGCGCGCUUAGCGCCAAGGCAGAUGUGUCAUUCGGUGAGGACAGUCAAGCACUCAAGUUUACUGCAGACGCAGGAACUAUCUUGCACUCCCUCCAUGUCGACGAUUGCGCAGAGGCAUACGUGGCUCUGGCAACGACCGCGCUGCUCCUUAGGGCCGAUGGCGACAUCAAAAAAGCCAAGAUCGCGGGUGAGGUGUUCAAUAUCUCCGGCCGGCGUUAUGAAACGUUAGAGGAGGUCGGGAAGGCGUUGGCGGCUGAGUACGGCUUCACCGGCGGCGCUCGCUUCGGCCUCCGCCCGGAUGAGGUACCAGGGCCAGCAAACGAUAUGACAGAAAAGAUCGAGAGCAACAGCAACGAUGAUGAAGAAGAAGGACAUCAGAGUCGUGAAGAAGAUGGUGUAUGGGAAGAACUCCCCGUGCCGAAGGAGGGUAAUUCACCAAAGGCCACCACUCAAGUAGAUGCUAUCAUGAAUGAUACAGAUCCGGAGUUUGAUGACGGACACAACGUUCCCGAGAAUAUUCUGGCGUCUUACUGGAUGGCAGAUGGCAUUGCAGCUAAAAGCAUGGUAUGGGCUCUUACCCGCAAAAGGAGCGUCCCUUGA